AUGUCUAUAGGAAUUGUUGUAGAUAAUCUGUUGGAAAGAUCAUUUUGUGCUGCUGAAUCCAGUGUCACUGGAGAACCUCCACCAAGUGAAACAGAACUCUGCAAUGCAAAGUUUGAUCCAGGUUAUCGGGAAUUCUAUGAACCAUCAAUUGUUGGUGGUAAAGUGACUUGUGUGUCCAUCUGUGAUCCACUUGCAAAGUCCUAUUACAAUUGUACCCCGGGCAGCUGCCAAUUGAAGAACAAUACAGGACCACAUUGCCUCUGUCCAGACACAGACAAAUACGUGUACACAGGAUCAACGUGCCAGGGAAGGAUAAUAAAGAUAGGAUUAUACGGUGGAGUUGGAGCAGCCAUUGCUGUCCUGGUGAUAAUUAUCUUCACAGUUGUGUUCCUCAUGUUAAGAAUAAUAAAAAGCAAGAAAGAGAAAAAUUUAUUCACAAAUGGAGAAAGUUCAUGGUACGAAGAAUACAAUGACAAUGAAUGGAGCAUAGAACGAGGUUUCACCAACUUGAAUGCAGUAAUGGAAGAAGCUGGUGGAGAUAUGUCAAGCCAAGGUUCAUAUUCUUCAAAAGAAAGAUUUAAACCAGCACUGGAAAAUGUAGAUACAUCCAUUGAGGUGAAGAUACAGAGACCGGAGAUAUCUCAGGCGUAAUUUAUUCCAUUGAGCAGAGACACAACUCAAAGCUAGAGAUCCGCCUAGAUUGGACUAUUUCAAUGAGGACCCUUUGAAGAUUGA